AUGCAGAGUUGCAAGUCCUUGUCCCAGCGCCUUCAGCAAAAGCGACAAAUUCCGUGGGUUCAUGGUGAGUACGGAACAUGCCUACCGUCCAAAGAGACGGCAGAUAUCUUGAUUGACAAGUAUCUGCGGACAUUUGAGACGGUUCAGCGAAUCCUGCAUGUUCCCACCUUUCGGCGCGAAUAUCGCAUGUUUUGGGAAAAUCAAAGCCAGGCGCCCUUUGAUUUUCUCAUCAAGAUGCAGCUGUGUUUUUCCCUUGGGGCGUGCCUGUAUGACGAUAUCUUCUCCUUGCGACCGCAAGCCCUGCAGUGGAUACGCGAAGCAUCGGCGUGGACAGAGUCGUUUGACAGCCCCAACCUGUCCAUCUCUGGCGUCCAGAUCAUGUGCCUCCUCUCCCUCGCGCAGAAUGUCGUGCAGGAGCUCAUUGGAGAUCGAACUUGGAUUCGGUCAGGGGCGCUCAUUCGCUUGGCCAUGGCCAUUGGUCUGCAUCGUGACCCGACAAAGCUGCCCUCCAUGCCCGCUGCGCAAGGUGAGAUGCGUCGCCGGCUUUGGACCACAGUCCUCGAAUUGGCCCUCAGCUCGUGUCUCGAUGCAGGUGGAACCCUGCUGAUCUCGUUGCGAGACUUUGACUGCAUGCUACCCAUGAAUCUCGACGAUACACAGCUCGAUUUUGAUGACAACGGUGACUUGUUGGCGAGCGACUCCGCGACAUAUACCGACACGACUCUACAGAUUGCUUUAGCUCAGACUUUCCCAGCCAGACUGGCUAUUGCAGAGUAUGCAAAUGGAUUCAACUCUGAGCAAUCGUACGACAAGACGUUGAGGUUAGCCGCCGACUUGAAAUCAGCCACGACUCGUUUCGGAGAGUCGAUCAAGGUCCACCACGCCAAGAUCACCGAUUUCCAGCGUCGUUACUAUGAAAUGGUCAUGGAUCGUUACAUGUUCAUGCUUCAUAUCCCGUACGCUACUGUCGCUCUGAAAGACUCGGCGUUUCUUCUCUCGAGGGAUACAUGUGUUGAUGCGGCGCUGAGACUUUCCUACGCGGCAUUAGACUCACGAUUGAUGCCAGACGCCUUCCUGGACUCGGCGCGGGCGGCCAUGGUCGUCACCGCCCCUUGCCAAGACUACGUCCGCCUGGUGCUCUGCGGAGCUGGGCUAUUCAGGGCCACCCAGACACAAGCACUAAUGAUCAUUGCCGCCGAGCUACAUGCUCGUCUAGUCAAUUGGUCAGAAGGCGCAUGCCUGGAUACGACGGGGCCUCUGGGUACCCUGCGUGGACAGGAACUGUUGUCAUUUCUGCGUGUCGGCGUCGAAUGGACCAAGUGUCGCAUAUUGGCUGGCCAGGACAACAUCAAGGACUAUGUCUUCCAAGCUGCUAUACUUGCCGGAAUCACCGCAAUGAUUGAGGGGGGUUCGGUCAAGGAGGCUACAGAUAACGAGGGCAAAGAGGCAUGUAUCAAAGCUAAAGCACUCUUGGUGAACUUGGUUGGGGAUGAUGAGCCCAGCAACACGGGACAAGCUGGUGUUGCCGAAGACUCAUGGAAUUUCCAUGCAAAUGACUUUUGGACUGCCGAUUGGGCUGAUUGUACUGGGUCUUUUGUAAUCCCACAAUGA